AUGGACAAUGUCAAAGCGGUAACUCAACAACUCCGUUUGGAAGUCAACACUCAACGCAAAAAAGUCUCCGAGGUCUCCGGAGAGUAAGUUAUUAAUCACUUUUCUCCACCUCUUUUUCGAAUUCAUUUAAUUUUGCAGCCUGAUUUCAUUCUGCGAGAAGAACAAGCAAGAUGACAUGUUGGUUUCCGGGACUAGUCAUCAGCAAAAUCCGUACGAGGACACCAAAAGUUGCAUAGUUUUGUAAACUAUAAGUAGGGAAAGAUGGAUCUUUGUGAUGAAUUGCUUGAAUGAUAAAUAUUUUUUCAGAUUGGAAAGCUUUUUGAGAUCAUUCCGGGAAGUAAUAAAACUUCCUGCCAGAAAAAUUUGCUGAACUGGCUUACGAAAAAAAUAAAUUGUAGUAUCAAGAACAAAGAAAAAAACGUCAUGAUAGACUUUUUUUCUCAGUAUCCUAAAUAUUUUAUCAGAAAAGUCUGAAUUUAUAAAAAGAAAGUUCAAGUGACUCCAUCCGAAGGUUUUGUACUUUAUGAUGAAAAAGAUCUUAUAAACUCGUUCGUUAAUUUUGAAUAGUCCCUACUUCAAAGUUUUGAAAAUCAUUGAUUGAUUCCAGUUUCCCAAACCAUUCAAAACCAGGUGAAUGUGAUAUUUAAAGAUAAUUCUGAAAACUUAGAUCAGAUAUUGAAAGUUUUUUUUGCUGGAAAAAGAAAUUAUAGCUUUUUACAGGUGUAAGGAGCAAGGUUUUGCUUGGCAGAACUCAGAACUUUUUUUGAGAAGUAUUCAAUUUUGGCAGGCUCUGAGAUGGUUCUCUCCGCGUUUCGUUCCGAAAAAAACUUUUAAAAGUCUCAAAACAAACUCUGAAAAUGUUCACGAUACGAAUGUUUUUCUUCAACAACUCAUCGUCCAAAUUAACUCGCUUCUUGUGAGAGAAUGAUUUUUUUUUCUCGAAACUAAUUGAGAGAUCCGGCCUCCCAGCGAGUCGCCGAGCGCCUCUCAUUAAUCUGCCCUUCUCACAUCAGCGCAUGGAAAUAAAAAUCGCUCAUAAGUGCAUCUGAAAAACAAGCCGUUGAUGAACACACUAUAAGCUCCUUGAGACGCAAAGAACCGAUUUUGUGUUGCAAAAGGGCGCCAGUGCAAUCACAGGAGAUUAAUCUAUUUUCAGCUGUCUCAUAGCAACCCGUCGACUUUUGUUACAAAUAGGAAACGCACGACCGGAGAUAGGACUGAAUAAUCUCACGCCUGGAGCCACCGUCGUCGCUUUUUCACACCGUUCGGAAUCCGUUGGGAACCUGAUUGGGUGGCCACGCCUUCUCGUCCGGCUCGGCCUUCUAUCAUUCCGACAGCACCUGGGCCAGGUGGCUGGCCCGUCUUUCAGAAUCUCUCUAUUUUUAACUAAUCUGUGUAUUUUCAUUAACCGAGAUACAGUAGAAAACUCUGAGCAUCUCUUUUUAAAGCAGCUUUUUCUUUUCGAAUUCUUUCAAAACUUCGAGUUCGAAUUUGGGGGUAGCAGAUCAAGUACCCGUGUAUUUUUUCCAACCACCUGCUCCUAAUUCAACCGAAUUUGAUUCACUUCUAGGCUGAAAUAAGAUUUUUCAUGACCUUCAUUAAAAACUCAACAGUUUUCAACUCAGGGCUUUUGACAUUCGAUUGAAAUUUCUUUUUUCAAGCUUGAAAGAAAAGAAACAAAUCAGGCCUUAUUGUUUAUACAGAAAUUUGAUUCUCGGUUUUUUUUUUGAAGCUCCCCUCUGAAAAAUUAGUUGAAAUAUAUUAAUGGUGUAGACAAAUCGGGAAUCCUGUUUUCUUCAUAGUUGAACGACCGGCAUCUAAAAUUUGAUGGGAAGUUUGGAAAAGUGAAUCAUCGUGAUUAAGAAAACGCAAGGCUGCUCGAGUGAACUAAUUUUUGAAAAAAGAGCCUAUUAUUUUCUCGAGUUUUGUGCAACUCAGGAAGCUUUCCAAUUUUCACAGUCCAUUGAACUGUUUCGGUGUUAAGAAAAAACAACCGACUUAAAACUUUCAUUCCAUCUAACAGUUUUGCUGUUGUUACGGCUUCUGUGGCUAAACUUAAAUAACUUUUGUUAUUCAAGCAGAAUAUCUCGUUUUUAAAGACCCGUUCCACUGUUAUUUCCGCGAUAAAAAAUAAUGCUAUGCCGAAAAAAAAUUAUAUUUACUUGAAAAUCUCUAUCAAAAUCAUCAAAAAUUGAACAUGAUUUGGUGAAAGUUUCACUUCUAAGACAUAAGAAGCAAGACUAUUCUGAUCAAGAUAUAAAAAAAUUUCAUUUUCUACUUUUUUUAUUCCUUCUACAAUUUGAUUCACCUUCUUUUGCAGGUUUUCAGGCUUUUUUUUCAGAAAACCUUCGGUGAUGGACAACGUGAAGACGACGACUGAACAACUACGGGUUGAAGCGCAAAUUGUUCGGAAGAAAGUCUCAGAAGCUUCCAAAGAGUGAGGAACACAUUGAUGAGCUUCGAUUUUAUGACCUAACCACAUUCAGCUUGAUUGACUUCUGCGAGAAGAACAAGGGUCAAGACAUGCUGGUAUCCGGUCCCAACGAUCAGAACAACCCGUUCAAAGAAAAGAAAAGUUGCAGCGUUUUGUAA